CUCGAAUCUUUUUGUCGCGAUCGCUGUUCUGCGUCGUGAAUUGCCGUUCACUUUCUUAUCCUCCCUUCCCGCCUCCAACGGCACGCCCUUUUCACGGCGCAAUUAUAUUUGUCUGCUUAGCUUGGACCUCCCUACAUAACUAAUUGCCAUCAGCACCUGCUUCCAUCUCGAAAGCAGAGCGAAAAAAGUCCAGCUUCAAAAUGGCCGACGAACAGUCCAACCGCAAACACCGCAAGACCAAGGACAAGAAGUCCUCUGGCGCCGCUCCUUCCACAGCACAACAGAACCCCAAAGCGUUCGCCUUCUCCAGCAAAGGCACGAAAGUGCAGCAGGCCGCCUCGCGCUCCGCCGACAUCAAGGAGAAGCGCUUCCACGUCCCCGCCGUCGACCGACUCCCCGAAGAAGCACCUCCUCUCAUCGUCGCCGUCGCCGGUCCCCCAGGAGUCGGCAAGACCACAUUGAUCAAGUCGCUCAUUCGGAGAUACACCAAGCAGACGCUGUCCGCGCCCACGGGUCCUCUCACGGUAGUCACGUCCAAGCGAAGACGUUUGACGUUCAUAGAAUGUCCGUCCGAUUCGUUGGCGAGCAUGGUGGAUAUCGCCAAGGUGGUUGAUAUCGUGCUGCUCAUGAUCGACGGAAACUACGGCUUCGAAAUGGAGACGAUGGAGUUCCUCAACGUCCUGCAGCAGAGCGGUAUGCCAGGAAACGUCUUCGGCAUCCUGACCCACUUGGACCUCUUCAAGAAGCAAGAAGCAUUAAAGAUCCAGAAGAAGCGACUCAAGCACAGAUUCUGGAGCGAAUUGUACCAAGGCGCCAAACUAUUCUACCUCUCCGGCGUGGUCAACGGCCGAUACCCAGACCGCGAAAUCCUCAACAUGUCCCGAUUCCUGUCCGUCAUGAAGAACCCUCGACCCCUAAUCUGGCGAAACUCGCAUCCGUACUGCCUUGCCGAUCGAUUCCUCGACAUCACGCCUCCGACGGACAUCGAGGCGAACCCCAAAUGCGACCGCACCGUCGCGCUGUACGGGUACCUGCGCGGAACGAAUUUCCCCGCGGGAAAGAGUCGCGUGCACAUUCCCGGUGUGGGCGACCUGACGGUCUCGGCGACUGAGGCGCUGCCCGAUCCGUGUCCUACGCCUUACUCGGAACAAGCGUUGGCGAAGGUGACGGGGAAGUCGAAGCGCACGCGGCUGGGCGACAAGCAAAAAGUGUUGUAUGGACCUAUGUCGGAUGUUGGAGGAGUUCUGGUGGACAAGGAUGCUGUGUACAUCGAUGUGAAGACGGCGACCUUCAAUGCCGAUGAGGAGCCUGAUCACGAGAGGGGGUUGGGCGAACAGCUCAUGGUGAACCUUCAGUCUGGGCGGAAUUUGCUCGGAGCGUCUGACCCGGGUAUGAGGCUGUUUAGCGGUGGCGAUUUCGUCGACGGCACUGCCGAUGACGAGAAAGACCAAGGCCGAAGCUCGCAACGAAAAGCCAGAUUCGCUGGUGAAGAGGAGCUGGAUGAUGACGCGGACCUCGAAGGCAUGAGCAGUGGAGAGGAGGACGAAAUGGAGGACUUGGACGAGGAUGCCGAAGAAGACGACAACGGGUACCUCGACACAAACGGCGCCGCAAAUGGCUCUUCACGGCGGAGAAGUUCAGACGUCAAGGACGACAAGGACAUCACGGGUGAAGAGCUAGCAUUCGCAGACAGCGACUCCGAUCUAGGUUCGUUAUCAGACGAAGAGCUGGAUGUCGAAGACCUCACGGACGGCGAGUCUGAGGAGGAUGAAUCUGAAGAGGAAGGCCUCCAUUGGAAAUCAGGACUUGCCGAGAAUGCAAAGCGCAUGCAUGGACGCGACAAGCCGUUCCGAAUCGCCACACUUUCACGGUUGAUGUACGACAUGUCGAUUACGCCAGCUGAUGUUGUGAAGAGGUUCAAUGGAGUCAAGGAGGUGGAGGAAGAAGAAGACGAAGAUGCCGAAUUCUUCAACAAGGGCGUCGAUCCUACGACUUUGGAGGAUCGUUAUAUUCCGACUUAUGACUACACAGCGCUCGAAGAUAAAUGGGAAGAUGACGAGGUUAUUGAGUCUAUGAAGAGCCGUUUCAUCGGUGGUCACACUGCUGAUCAAGGCGACGACGCCGAUGGUGACGUCGAGGACGAUGGCUUCGAAGGUUUUGACGAGAAUGACGAAGGAGACGGAGAGUUUGAGGAUUUGGAGACCGGCGAGUCAUUUGGUGGCCAGACAAAGUCCCCUCCAGCUGACGAAGAGGCCAAGAGCCUCGAGGAGGAGCGAGAGAAGAACGCCAAAAGGAAAGAGGAACUCAAGUUGCGUUUCGAGGAAGAAGAUCGCGACGGUUUCGCGAAUGACAAGACUGGCGGUAAAGAGGGCGACGAAGAAGAAUUCGGCGAGGAUGAUUGGUAUGAUGCUCAGAAGGCGCAGAUUGCUAAGCAAUUGGACGUCAACAGAGCAGAAUUCGAUCAACUCGACGAGUCUUCUCGAGUUCGUGUCGAGGGUCAUCGUGCGGGCUCAUAUGCUCGCAUCGUUCUCGAGGAUGUGCCAGCAGAGUUUGUUCAGAACUUCAACCCUCGAUUUCCUCUCCUGAUCGGUGGUCUCACGCCUACAGAGGAGCGAUUCGGCUUUGUGCAAAUUCGUAUCAAGCGCCAUCGAUGGCAUAAGAAGAUCUUGAAAACCAAUGAUCCUCUCAUAUUCUCCUUGGGCUGGAGAAGGUUCCAAGCCAUGCCAGUCUACUCGAUAUCUGACUCUCGGACACGCAACAGGAUGUUGAAGUACACUCCUGAACACAUGCAUUGCUUCGGCACAUUCUGGGGACCGCUCGUCGCUCCCAAUACAGGUUUCGUCUGCAUGAACAGCCUCUCCCAGCAAAACCCCGGCUUCCGCAUCGCCGCAACCGGCAGCGUCCUCUCCGUCGACGAAUCCACCGAAAUUGUCAAGAAACUCAAACUCACCGGCCACCCCUACAAGAUCUUCAAAAACACCGCCUUCAUAAAAGACAUGUUCCAAUCCGCCCUCGAAGUCACCAAGUUCACCGGCGCCUCCAUCCGCACCGUGUCCGGCGUGCGCGGGCAAAUCAAGCGCGCGCUCUCCAAACCCGAAGGCACCUACCGCGCGACCUUCGAAGACAAAAUCCUGAUGUCGGACAUCGUGUUCCUGCGCGCCUGGUUCCCCAUCAAGCCCCACCGCUUCUACAACCCCGUGCUCAAUCUCCUCGUGCCGCCGUCCUCGGCCAGCGAAUCGACGGGAUGGGAGGGCAUGCGGCUCACGGGGCAGGUCCGCCACGCGAUGAGCAUCCCCACACCCGCGGAGAAGAACUCCGCGUACAAGAAAAUCACCCGCGAGCAGCGGCACUUCAACCCCCUCCGUGUGCCUAAGAAACUCGCGGCGGACUUGCCGUUCAAGUCGCAGGUUGCGCAGAUGAAGCCGCAGCGCAAGGCGACGUAUCUGCAGAAGCGUGCGGUGGUCGUCAAGGGCGAGGAUAAGAAGGCGAGGCAGCUUAUGAACCAGGUCAUGGCGCUGCGGAACGAGAAGGUGGAGAAGAGGCGUGUCGCGCAGGAUAAGAGGAAGGAGGGGUAUCGGAAGAGGGUUAAGGAGAAUGAUGAGUUGAGGGCGGCGAGGGAGAAGAGGGAGAAGCAGGAGUAUUGGCAGAGGGAGGGCAGGAAGAGGAAGUUCCAGGGCGAUGGGGAGAGCGGUGGUGGUGGGAAGAAGAGGUAGAGAGUUUGUUGGGGUUGAGUUUAAUACCAUUGGCAUUAUUCGAUUUGCAUAGUUUGACGAUGAAAAGUUUCAAGGCAU